AUGGAUGAGAAUGAGAUCCCAAAGAACUUGCAGACAGACGACGAAGAAGCCAUGAGUUUGAUCACAUCACUUCCUUCAGACAUAGAUCACCAUGGCACGAAGCUGUUCAAGUACCAAGGAUGUUGGUACAACUACAAAACUCUGCAAGGAAUCCUCAAUUUCCAGAGAGUACCAGUCCUCGAGCUCAGGGUAUACACCGAAACCUCAAAACCAGAUCUGACCAGUUUCUCAUCUUCCCCAAGGCUGUUCUCCACUCACGUUCCGUUCCACACGCUUCAAGAGGCUCUCAAGAACACCCCUUGCAAGAUCGUCUACGUGUGGAGGAACGUGAAAGACGCGUUGGUGUCCCUUUGGUACUUCGAGUGCGCAAAUCUAAAGAUAGAAGAAGACAGAAGCUUGUUGGGGUCAAUGUUCGAGUCGUUCUGCAGAGGAGUCAGCUAUUACGGACCAUUCUGGGAACAAGUCUUGAGCUACUGGAGAGGAAGCUUGGAAGAUCCCAAGAAUGUGCUUUUCUUGAGGUACGAGGAGCUGAAAACAGAGCCUUCCGUUCAAGUCAAGAAACUUGCAGAGUUCUUGGAGCUUUGCUCGUUGCGUAACCUGAAGAAUCUAGAGAUCAACAAGAAUGGAAAAACAGCAAGAGGUGUUGAUCACAAGAACUUUUUCCGUAAAGGAGAAGUUGGUGACUCAAAUCAUCUCACUCCUGAAAUGGAGAAGAGAAUCGACAUGAUCCUCCAGGAGAAAUUCCGAGCUUCCGAUUUGAAAAUGUGA